UGACAUCUUAAAGAGACAGUGUGCCGAAGCAGAUACAGGGACUUCAUCGCCAGAAUGAAAGUACCUCCGAUUGAUUGUUUCCACUGUCUCUUUAAGAACUGCUUGGUGUGGUGAUGGGUUGGACUUGAUAGAAGACAUUUGCAGAAACCUCUACCCAUGCUUGUGGUGUGCCGUGUCAAAUUUUUGUUGUUGUUGUGGCUUCUUUGAACCCCUACUUCUUUAGCUUUAUUCUGAUCUGAUUAGAUACUACGCAUAUUAUACCAGCAGCGUAGAAAAGAAAAGAAAACUUACAUUAACACAAAAUUGUCAAGAAGCCGGGGCUCCAGGAAUUGCAAUAGACAUUGCACAGAGAAUAUGAUUGAGUGUUAAGGUAUAGUUCAUUGUUUUUGGGAUAUGCACUUUCUUGAGGGGAGUUAGAUGAGAAAAUGACCACUACUUUAAUGUGUCCACUAAAUCCAUGGCUAUGGCCAGCAGCCUUUUAGCAUUGCAAGGUCAACAUCUUGUGUGACACAUAAGUUGUCACAUAACAACCCAUCAAAUCUACAUGGGGGGUUUUGAUUUGAAUCAAUCAAAUAAUAAAUAACAUGUUAACUAUAAUUACUAUCCAAAUUUGUGAUUUGUGUUAAUUGGGUGAACUUUGUAACCCCCUUCGACAGAGGCAGACUAGCAGUGCCCUCAUUUUGUUUGGCUGACUGUGCAUUGUAUUAGAUUUAUAGAAUUCUCUUAGCCAGCCUCCUGCUGGUCUUCUGCUCUGCCAGCGAGUAAACUCACCUCCACCAGAUGUUAAAUCCUCUUAUGUUCUCAUGGCGAGAGUGAGAAGCCAGCAGGGGCCCAGAGCACCUGGGUCAAAACAUACUGCUUUACAAGCACACGGGAACCAAGCCUUAACCCCAGCAAAAGGUUGGAAAAAAGUCCUUUCUCGUUUCACGCAUGAGGCUCUGUACCAGAGCAGAGGUGCUGCGAGAGCAUGCCGCAGGGAAACAAAAAACCCAGUGUCGCACCAUGAUAUCACUCGAUGCACUUUGAGUAAGUGGGAGUGGGUCCGCCAGUAUUGAGCGCGUCAUUAAUUUCAAAAGGAUUAAUGCUUCAAAAGUAUCUCUAUUUAAAGGAGACCUGAAUUUUUUAUUGUAAUUUAGGGGUGAAAACCAUUCAGGAAGGAGUCCCGCGACGUUGAUAUGAUCCUCAAUAUAUUCUUAUUGAUAAAGAGAUAAAAGAAAAUCCAAUGCUCAUGGACAAAACAAAACGCUGAUUCAUAUUGAUGUCUAACAUGCCAUUAUAUUGAACCCAAAAGAAACUUAAUCCUCUAAAGGAUGAAGAACACAUGCUUCAGGUUUAGGGGCAGUCAUAUGCUGGACUAUUUUCUGACCAGGGGCAGUGUCCUCCCGAAAUCUUGGCUGGGUUAGUUUGGAGCAUGAUGUCAGGUGACACCACAACUUGUUGCUUUUACACUUCAGUUUGUAUAUGACUGAUAUUGUUUCCUUUAUGAUAAACCGAGCUAGCCAGCUGCUGGGGACCGCUUCAUGUUGACUGUACAGACUUACGAGUGGUGUUGAUCCUCUCUUCGAACUUUUGGCAAGAAAGCAAACCAACAUAUUUCCCAGAAUAUCAAAACAGUGCUUUAAAAAGUGGACUUUGAAAAAAGAAAUCAUAUCUUUAGCCCAAGUAAAGUAGUAAACUUGAAUAUUAAAAUGUAAGUCCUCAAUCAUAAUUUUCCAGAUGUGUAUGCGUUAUUUGUAAACGCACACUGUAGGCUUCCACAUGUGUGACGAGAUUGACUGGAGUCUCGGUAAAGCUGUUGCUUUUUUGAGGAGAUUAAAAUGGCCAUUAGUCAUGAGUGACACAUUAAAGCAUUUAAAUAAUCCCCUGUCAGUUAAACCUGGACGGUGUCUGUGUACUGUAAAGCACUACACAGUCUGUAUUCAGUUAGUGAUAAAUAUAAAUACCUCCUACACGCUGUAAGCAGUAAAAUCAUAUCUACGUGAGUAUACACAGAAAACAAAUAAAAAUACAUACACACCAAUUAAACUUUCCUCUCCCACGCAGAGAUAAAGACGCACACGUCAGGGUCAUGGAUCUAACUGUUUAAAUGAGUUUACUGUAUCAUUUCCCAUGAUGCCGCUGGUUUGGUGUAAUCCCACACCAGUUUCUACUUAUAGCUCUGAAAGGGAUACUCGCCUGAGAACGCCCGUCUGCACGGCGGUGUAGAGUAGCUUUGUAGCUCUGUAACCUCACCCACUUGCUUUAUCCAGUGGACCUCCGCAGGCGGCGACUCAGACACGCAAAUAAAUACUCGGACGAAAACAUAACAGACAGACAGAUUUUCCGUAAGGAGACUGAGCUGUUCUGGAGAAGCAUAUGUAUCACUUUUCUUAAAUUAGAGCAAAGAGAGAUCUGUUUACAAAUGAUGAUCAUGCAGGAAAAUCAUAUCAUUUUUAGACAUGAGUUCAGCUCAUGUGUAGUAAUUGAUUAUUUCCAGGCAUGAAGGAGGAUGGGGAAAUAGAAGAAGUCUUGACUUCCCCAUGAACAAGUUCUUAUCUCAAUCAGUGUUUAUUUCACCAUUUUCUCAUUCAAGUUGGCGACACAUUUCUCAUUUUCACCAACUGAUGGAUUAGGGGACCUUUCAAAGUGCUUAACCGUGAUAUGUGGUGUCAUUAAGUAGCAGGUAUUGUGGUGUACUACUGUGUUGCUAUCCAAGUGUUGCUUCGAUGUUGGAGGCCGAAUGUGAUAUGAGUCACACAUGCGUCCUCAACCUUUGGAGCCCAGCAGAUAGAGAUGCAGCCGUGGGUUCGUUUUCUCCCACUUUCGUUUGCAGUCAGCAUUCCAAGGACCUGGUCACUGAUUUGCUGCUGCGGCUGUGGGUGCUGUGGUUUAUGAGUGUUGAGUGUCUUUUACACUUGCCGUGGACAGAAAGAGAAGACGACAGGGCAAAUUCCAGCCCUUCAGACGACUGUUUGGGAGGAAGAAGAAGGAGCGGCAGGCAAAAGGGGGCUCUGAUGGAGCGGAGCCGAAGGGGAGUGUCUCGCCCGGGGAAGUGUGCAAUGGAGUUGUAUCUGACGAUGAGGAGUCCAAUCCAAAUCUGAGCAGGGAGUUGAAUCCCAUCGGAUCUCGAGCUCUCUCACACGACAGCAUCUUUAUCCCAGAGGAGCCGGUGACGGGGCCCGGUCUGGAUCACAGCAUGUCCCAGGAAAACGUAUCGGACAAGGUUCGGAAUCUGCAGAGGCAGAUAGCACAAGGUAUAAAGUUUGGCCAGAGGCCGCCUUCGCUGAGGAGAAGUGAGGGAGAUGAGGCAAGUUCAGACGAGGAAGAGCUUCCCCGGAGUCCUCUGAAGGUGUUGGCCCAGGUAGAGGCUGAGCCGCCAAACACAGAAGCAAAGCAGGUGCAGGGGACUCACACACACAGCACCCCAGUGAAGUCUCCGAGAUCCAAACGAGUUCUUCCACCCACUGGCACAAUCGAGUCCAUCAACCUGGAUUCUGUCCCGCAGUCUGCUCCUCGCUUGGACAACACAGCCGCCAAGCAUAAACUGUCCGUCAAACCAAAAAACCAGAGGAUUUCUCGCAAGCACCGGCGGUUCACGCAGGACCUCCAGGAUGUGUCCAUCCCUGGUGUGGUCCGAGAGGACCUUGAGGCAGCAGGGGUCUCCGGUGAUGACCAGCGCAGGGCAUCUGUUGAUUCCCUAGACAGCUUCAAGAAACAGAGACUCCAUGAGGAGGAGAGACAGGAGACGAGGAGGAAGAGGGAGCGGGAGGAGCAGUGGCUCAGACAGGAGGAAGACGAGAGGAGGAAGAGGGCAGAGGAGAUGAGGCUGCGUGAACAAAAGGAGGAAAACGAGAAGUGUCUUAAACGGCAGGAGGAAGAGAGGAGGCAGAGAGAGGAGGCAGAGAGAAAGAGGAUGGAGGAGGAAGAGAAGAGGCUCCAAGAGGAGGCAGAGAGAAAGAGGAGGGGGGAGGAGGAGGAGAGGAGGAUUAGAGAAGAGGAAGACAGGAGGCGGCUAGAGGAGGAAGAGAGGAUGCAGAGGGAGGAACAGGAAAGGAGAAUGCGAGAGGAGGAGGAGCGUCGACAGCAGGAGGAGGAAGAGGAGAGGAGGCGACUGGAAGAGCAGAGGAGGAAAGAGGAGUUGGAAAGGAGGAGGCGAGAGGAGAAAGAGGAGGCUGAGACAAGGAGGAAGCUGAAAGAGGAAGAGGAGGAAAGAAAAAAGGAGGAGGAAGUGGAAAAGCUGAGGUUGCAAGAGAUGGAGGAGAAGAAGAGAAUGGAAGCAGAGGAGAGGAUGAGAAAGGAGGAGGAGCAGAGGAGGAUAUUCGAGGAGGCUGAUGGAAGCUCGGAUGCACAGGAGAGGAAGAGGAGAGCCGAGGAGGUGCGCUGGAGGGAGAUGGAGGAGAGACAGAGGCCUUUCUCCUUUAAGGUUUCCUCUGGGGAGAAGCAGAUUUUAUUCCAGAAGGUCAACCUGACACCUGUCACGCCGACCUCCGGCCUCCAGAGCGGUGCUGCAGCUGAACACGGAGAGGGCGGAAGAGCCUCUUCCUCUGAAGGACCCGACUCCCCCAACCUGCCAGCAUCCCCGUACGUCCCCCACACAGCCAUCCUGGUGACAGGUGCCCAGCUCUGUGGGACAGCUGUCAAUUUAGACCAGAUCACAGACACGGCCUGUAAGUCUCUGCUGGGUCUGGGGGAGGACAGGAAGGCCCAGGGAACGCCGCCAACCAAGGGCAAAACUUCACCGGACCGCAAGUCCGGAAAAACCAAAUCCCUCAACGAGUCUGCACUCUCUCCGGACCAGUCCGGCGCAGCUGUCCUCGCAGAGUGGGCGAGCAUCAGAUCCAAGAUAUUCAAGGGGGUAGAGGACGGGAAGUAUGAAGACCACCCAGACCAGAACAGGAACCAGCCUCAGCCCAGCAGCGAAGACCAGCCUGAGUUCUCCCACACUAACCUCAGGAAGACCAUGUCUGCCAGCGCCAAGUUCUCCAUCACCCCAGCGAAGAAGAAGUUUGGAGAUUCAAACCGGAAUUCCGAGGUGUUCGGCGCCGACGCGACGGAAGCGGAAGAGGAGGCCGCUCCGUCCGACAGCCCCACUGCCGCGGCCUCGCCAGCUCCGACCGGUAAACCUCAGAGCAGGGCGAGCAAAACUGUCCGCAUCGUAGAAAGAGGGUCAGAGGAAUGUAUGUUCGCCAAAGACCUCCCCUCUUUCUUGGUUCCCAGCCCCGGAGCCAAAUCGGAUGGAGCGGAGCUGAGGAGCGGGGGUCAGAGUGCGACAGAGGCCUCUGAAAGUAGAGAGGUGGGAGGGGAGCAGGGCCCGGACGGCGAGGAUAAGCCCUCACCUUUCGGCAUAAAGCUGAGGAGGACUAACUUCUCCCUGCGUUUUCACAGCGAACAGUCCACCGAGAAAAGGAAGAAACGCUACAGUGCUGGGGACAGCUUUGACGGUGUCCCUUCACCUCUCACCCCCAUGGACCCCGACUUUGAUGCUUCCUCUGUCUUUUCUGACAAAUCAAGCCCCGCCUCGCCCCAGACAGAGGGCGCGGUCGGCAAGUACCUGCACGCGUCCGCCUCCCCUGCCGGCCCUCGCGCCAAACCGGCAAAGUCCACCAGCCCGACCACACGCGGCGAGGGUGAGAAAGUGCUCUCAAAGCCACCGCUCUACCGAAGACCGACCACGUCACCCAGAACCUCGGGAUCGGUCCCGACACCUCCCCCGUCGCCGCUACCCAAAGUGGCCCACGGGCCCCCGAGCGAUGCCGUGAUCCAGAGAACAGGCGGCGUAGACUCAUCCGGCAAAGAGCAGACAAGGAGGAGCGAGGAACCCUCAGUGGUGGCUCACCUGCACCAGAGCGGGCAAGGCCCGGUCCAAGUGGAAGAGGAGCCGAAGGAGAAGAGAUCCUUCUUCCCCUCCAUCAACAUCCCCUGGAGAGAGAAGGUGGACAGAAAGGCGGAGCUCAUCAGGAAAGAAAAACCGUCCCUGCAGAGCAGACACUCCCUGGACAGUGCGAGGGUCCAGGAGAAGGAGGCCGGGCCCCUGUGGGUCACUCUGGCUCUGCAGAAGCAGAAGGGCUUCAGGGAGCAGCAGCAGACCCGAGAGGAGCACCGGAGCCAAAGAGAGGCCAAACUGGCUGAGAAACACUCGAGGGACCGAGACAGUGUCACUCUGCUGAGCCCCACGGAGUGCAGAGGCAGUGGGAGCUGCAGUCCUCCUAAACCUCAGACACCAGAGGCGCCCAAGAGACCCGACAGCCUCCUGGGACGGCUGGAGCGCAAAGAACACCUGAAGAAAGCCAACACUUUGCCCAGCUCCGUCACCGUCGAGAUCGCAGACUCGACACCGUCGCCCCCUGCUGUCAAGGAGGUGUCAAAGCGCUUCCCCUCCAGCGACUCUCCGCAGGUGUCCACAGAGCCCGCCUGGCUGGCCCUGGCCAAGCGAAAGGCCAAGGCCUGGAGCGACUGUCCUCAGAUCAUCAAAUAACGCCCCCGUCCCUGCUCUGCGCUCUGGGCUCCGGCCUGCAAUGGAGACUGCACACUGCCCCCACAGAUUCUGAGGGUCAACAGCACCCGUCCCCUUCCCUCAACAACAGUCCACUUCCCACCUCACCACGACAAAACAAACCCUCCUGACUGUGAAACCAGUAAAGCCCGCCAUCACCUCAUAACACAACACAACACACACACACACACACACACACACUGGCUGGUACUAUUAUCAUGUUAAAGUGCGCUUCACAUUCAAAUAAUCCAAUACAAUUGCACAGAUAAUAUUUAAACAACCAUCGCGAGCAUGUGCACACUGUAUACGAACACACACACAAAGGGGAUGUCCCAAGAAGGCCCGGUCCUCAGCAGCCAAUCACAACCAUGGCCGGUAAUUGCAAUAGCCAACCCUAAAUUAUUUAUUAUCUUUUUUAUUAUUAUUCUGUAGGCAACUGUGUCUCUGUGGUUGUAAAUAAGUCAACACAAUGUGACACUUCUUUGGUCGAGAGGUGAAGCUCCCACGUACGACAGUGUUUGACAAACGGAGGGAAACCGUCUGGUGUUUUAAGGGCUACCAGUAAUAAUGAUAACGCAACAUGACCCUGUUUGAUGGAAGUGUCACGAACACUCGUCGGUCAUUUUUCACGUAAAGCAGCAGAUUUAUCUGUUUCUCUUCUCUGAGCCUGUAGGUGAUGUACAGAAGAAGCCUUCUUUUUCUUUCUUUUUUUUUUUUUUACUCAUACUGUAAACCUUAGCGUAACAAUCCUCACUGUGUCCGCGAUUACUGUGAUAGCUGUCAAAGACGCUAUUGUAGAACUUUUUUGUCAUUUAUAAAGUAACAGAAUCUUAAUCAUGAUCACACGGUGGGUGCACCUAAACACAGCACUGAAGACCACAAGUGUUACUGGGCAUUUACCACAGUGAGCCGCACGCUGUCCUCACAGCUGUGACCUCAUGUAAUUCGGAUUCGUCUGCUGCGCUAACGGAGACAGAGAUGCGACACUCGCUUGCUGUAACAUUCGAUUCUUGUAUCCGUCCUCCUGUAAACACUCCCGUUCGUAGGCUUGCGCCAUCACUUCCUCGUAAAAUGUGAUAUGAUCUGACAUGACUUAAUCAUUUCCUCAAUGAAAAAGAAGAAGAAGAAGAAGAAGAAGAAAAAAAACCCUCAAGCAUUCUCGUUCCCGGCCACUCACUUGAUGAUCUGUAUAUGUAUGUAAGUAUGUACUGUACGUUGAAUCAAAGGCGCUACCAGAGCUUCGGUCGGAGGGAGAGGCCCGAGUCACUUGUCAUUUUGUUUCUAACUUUGGUCGUGCACAAUAGUGUAGUGUACGCAGUGUUAUACGUAACAAAAAAAAUGUUUGGUAUUAUUUGCACUUUUUUGUCUCACUUAGAGGUAUUCAUGAGAAAAUUCUUAAAGAAAUAAAAAAAAAAGAUGUUAUGAAUAAUGUAAAUUAAAUACUGAUGUCUGAACCGCAGGAUUGAAGACUCCGAAUUUCCCUGUUCCGAAUCUUAAAACCUGAAUUUUUCUUGUGUUUAUUAUAAAAAUCAGCACCAAAAUUACAUUCAA